AUGUCGCUUGCUCGUAACAUCUUUCGUGUCACCAAUUCCUCGGUUGGACUUAGAUCUCUGUCGACUGUGAACGAAGUUGUCUUCAGCACUCGUCCUUAUAAACUGCAUAAGUUGGACUAUGGACCGAGAAAUGAGACGACUUUGACCAGGGAUGAGGCUCUCCAUUAUUACAAGGAGAUGCAAUUGUUGAGAAGAAUGGAGACCUCGGCCUCAAAUCUCUACAAGGACAAGUCCAUCCGAGGAUUCUGCCAUUUGUAUACUGGGCAAGAAGCCGUGGCGGUUGGAAUUUGUGCUGCCAAACACUCGGAGGAUGCGGUCAUCACCUCUUAUAGAUGCCAUGGAUGGACGUACCUGAUGGGAUCUACUGUUACUGAAGUGUUGACCGAACUUACUGGUAUGUUUUUUGGAAUGAUUUUAGUUUUGUAAUUGUAGGCCGAAUUGGUGGAAAUGUCUAUGGAAAAGGAGGUUCCAUGCACAUGUACGAGAAGAACUUCUACGGAGGAAAUGGAAUCGUCGGCGCCCAGAUUCCCCUCGGCGCUGGUAUUGCCUUUGCCUAUAAAUACCGCAACCAGAGGAACCUCUGCUAUGCCUUAUACGGAGACGGUGCUGCCAACCAAGGACAGUUCUUCGAGGCCGCCAAUAUGGCCAAACUGUGGGAUCUACCGGUCGUUUUCAUCUGCGAGAACAAUGGGUUUGCCAUGGGAACUUCCGCUUCGAGAGGAUCCGCCUCCACUGAAUAUUACACUAGAGGAGACUUUGUCCCUGGAAUUUGGGUUGAUGGAAUGGACUUGCUGACGGUCAGAGAAGCCAUUCACUUUGCCAGAGAGCAUUGCACAUCUGGAAAAGGACCGCUUGUGAUUGAGAUGGAGACCUACAGAUAUGUGGGACAUUCGAUGUCUGAUCCAGGAACCAGUUACAGAACCAGAGAAGAAGUCCAGGAAGUCAGAAAGCAUAGAGAUGCUAUCGUCGGGUUCAGAGACAAGAUUAUCACAGCAGGGUUGGUUGUGGAGGAAGAACUAAAGGUAAAAUUUGAAUAUUUCGAUAAUGGUUGUGUUAAAUUCACGAUGAAAAUUUUUGGAAUAAACUUUUUCAAUUUGCAGAAGAUCGACAAGGAUGUCCGAAGAGAAGUCGACGAGGCCACCAAGAUUGCUACCACCGAUCCCGAACUUCCCACAGAGGCCCUCUAUGCUGAUCUAUAUGCUAACACUGAACCUCAGCUGGUCAGAGGUGCCACCGUCGAUGAUUCUGUCAUCCAACCCUAUCGGUAUACCUCAGAAGUUGUCGAGAAGCUUGGAAGAACUCCCAAGAAGUACUGA